CUCUCUCUCUCUCUCUCUCUCAACAUCAACUCUUGCGACGAGAUAGCAAACAUGGCUUUGCUCUCUGCACUGGCGACGGAGAUAUUCAUCCCUGCCGGCGCCGUCGUUGGGAUAGUAUUCUCUCUGGUCCAGUGGUUCCUGGUCUCGCGCGUCAAGCUCACGCCGGAGCAGCGCGCAUUGCCCGACGACAGCGACGACAGGAAGAAUGGCUUCAGCGACGGCCUCAUUGAAGAAGAAGAGAGCAUCAACGAGCACAUCGUACUCUCCAGGUGCGGCGAAAUACAGCGCGCCAUAUCGGAAGGUGCGACAUCUUUUCUAUUUACCGAGUAUCAGUAUGUUGGAGUUUUCAUGAUUGCCUUUGCAAUGUUGAUCUUCCUGUUUCUUGGUUCUGUUGAGGGCUUCAGUACUAAGAGCCAGCCUUGCACUUAUGACCCAUCAAGGAUGUGCAAGCCUGCGCUUUACACUGCCAUCUUCAGUACAGUAUCGUUCUUGCUUGGUGGUUUCACCUCAAUCCUAUCUGGCUACCUUGGAAUGAAGAUCGCGACUUAUGCUAAUGCAAGGACGACUUUGGAAGCAAGAAAGGCGUUGGGAAAGCAUUUAUUACCGCAUUCAGGUCUGGUGGUAAUGGGCUUUCUACUUGCUUCCAAUGGUCUUUUGGUACUUUUUGUCACCAUCAAUCUCUUCAAGUUGUAUUAUGGAGAUGAUUGGGAAGGUCUUUUUGAGGCUAUUACUGGCUAUGGUCUUGGUGGAUCUUCCAUGGCUCUAUUUGGAAGAGUUGGUGGUGGCAUUUACACCAAGGCUGCCGAUGUUGGAGCUGAUCUUGUUGGGAAGGUUGAGAGAAACAUACCUGAAGAUGAUCCAAGAAACCCAGCUGUAAUUGCUGACAAUGUUGGUGAUAACGUUGGAGAUAUUGCUGGAAUGGGGUCUGAUCUUUUUGGCUCAUAUGCUGAAUCUUCCUGUGCUGCACUUGUUGUUGCGUCCAUCUCCUCUUUUGGGAUUAACCACGACUUCACUGCAAUGUGCUAUCCCCUGUUAAUUAGUUCUGUAGGCAUCCUUGUCUGCUUGCUCACGACACUCUUUGCCACUGACUUUUUUGAAAUUAAGUCUGUGAAAGAAAUUGAGCCGGCAUUGAAGAGGCAACUCAUCAUCUCGACUGCCUUAAUGACUGUGGGAAUUGCUAUAGUCACUUGGAUUGCACUUCCAUCAUCUUUCACUAUUUUCAACUUUGGGGAACAGAAAGUUGUGAAGAAUUGGCAAAUAUUCUUGUGCGUCAGUGUUGGCCUUUGGGCUGGACUGAUAAUUGGGUUUGUUACCGAAUAUUUCACCAGCAAUGCCUACAGUCCUGUCCAAGAUGUUGCUGAUUCCUGCAGAACUGGAGCAGCUACCAAUGUUAUCUUCGGUCUUGCCUUGGGAUAUAAAUCCGUUAUUAUUCCGAUUUUUGCGAUUGCAAUAAGCAUCUAUGUUAGUUUCAGUUUUGCUGCGAUGUACGGUAUUGCAGUGGCUGCUCUGGGAAUGCUGAGUACUAUUGCUACUGGAUUAGCCAUCGAUGCUUAUGGUCCUAUAAGCGACAAUGCUGGAGGUAUUGCCGAGAUGGCUGGAAUGAGUCACCGAAUUCGUGAGAGAACCGAUGCUCUCGAUGCUGCCGGGAACACAACUGCUGCAAUUGGAAAAGGAUUUGCCAUUGGAUCGGCAGCUCUCGUGUCUCUGGCCCUGUUUGGAGCUUUUGUGAGCCGUGCAGCAAUUUCUACUGUUGAUGUCUUGAGCCCAAGGGUUUUCAUUGGUCUGAUGGUGGGUGCAAUGCUUCCUUACUGGUUUUCUGCUAUGACCAUGAAGAGUGUCGGAAGCGCAGCGCUGAAGAUGGUUGAGGAGGUUCGCAGACAGUUCAACACCAUCCCUGGCCUCCUGGAGGGCCAUGCAAAACCUGACUAUGCUACUUGCGUCAAAAUCUCCACUGAUGCGUCAAUCAGAGAGAUGAUUCCACCCGGUGCCCUCGUCAUACUUACCCCACUCAUUGUAGGGACCUUUUUUGGUGUGGAAACUUUGUCUGGUGUUCUUGCUGGUGCUCUUGUUUCUGGUGUUCAGAUAGCAAUAUCCGCAUCAAAUACAGGCGGUGCGUGGGACAAUGCCAAGAAGUAUAUUGAGGCCGGUGCUUCCGAGCAUGCAAGGGCUCUCGGUCCAAAGGGGUCAGAGCCGCACAAGGCAGCCGUUAUUGGAGAUACCAUUGGUGACCCUCUUAAAGAUACCUCAGGCCCAUCUCUGAACAUCCUCAUCAAGCUUAUGGCAGUGGAGUCACUCGUGUUUGCACCCUUCUUUGCCACUCAUGGCGGCCUCCUUUUCAAGAUUUUCUGAG